UAACCGGAGGCGGAGGGGGCGGAGCCGCGCUCGCAGCUGCCACCCGGCCUCCGGGCCCAGGCAGAGGACACCCGCCCGCGGCCGGGCACGCACUGCGCGCGCUCACUCUCCAAACAAUGCUCCGAGGCGCCCGGCCGGGCGGCUGGCUUCUCGGCGACCGACGGCGAGACCGGGGGAGCGCGGCCCCGAGACUCUAGGGUAAUGCAGCCAUCCUCUGGCCACGUGGAUCUCUGAUCAGGCAGAUCCCUGCCAUUCCCGGGAGCCGCUCCGUGCCCCGCGUCUGCCUCCCAUAAGACCACGCCAGAGAGCUGGGCACAAGAUGAGCCAGCACACUGUCUGCUCAAGAUGCACCAGACCGUCCGACUGAGCCCCGCGAGCCCAAAAAUGUCUGCGUGCAGUGACUUUGUGGAGCACAUCUGGAAGCCCGGGUCCUGCAAGAACUGCUUCUGCCUGAGGAGUGACCACCAGCUGGCACCCGGCCAUCCCCAGCCGCGAGCAGGCAGCCUGCCCCCUCCACCUCGCCUGCCCCCCAGGGCGGAGACCUGCCGCCAGGAAGAUGACGCUGUGAACAGCUCCCCCUACUCCAAGCCCACCAUCGCCGUGAAGCCCACCAUGAUGAGCUCAGACGCCUCUGACGUGUGGACAGAGGCGAACCUGAGCGCCGAAGUCUCGCAGGUCAUCUGGAGACGAGCCCCCGGCAAGCUCCCCCUCCCGAAGCAGGACGACGUGCCGAUAGUUUACCUGGGCAGCUUCCGUGGCGUCCAGAAGCCUGCCGGGCCCUCCGUCUCCGCAGAUGGCCACUCUCGCUGCCCCCCUGCAUAUGCCAUGGUUGGUCUGCACAGCCUCGAGGCCCGGGGGGAGCGGAGCACUGCCUUCCACCCAGUGAGUUUCCCCAAUGAGAAGGGGGGGCGAGAAGAUAAACCCAUGUUUCCCUACCAGGAGCUGACCUCCACUCAGGAGAGCUUCCGCCAGAAAGUGGCUGCCUUUGCCGGGAUGACAUCUGGCUGUCACAAGGGCGCCGGGCCCUGCCCCUCUCCACAGCCGCUGCGGGAGUCCCUGGCCUCGGAGGAUGACAGCGAUCAAAGGUGCUCGCCUUCAGGGGACAGCGAGGGGGGGGAAUACUGCUCCAUCCUGGAUUGUUGCCCCGGGAGCCCCACGGCCACGGCCACCUCACAGGCUGCGAGUUCUCGGUGCAGGCCUGGCGGAGGGGACCGCCCAGCAGUGUGCUGGGGGCAGGCAGUGUGUGCGGGGUCCACUGAGGAGCAGAAGCGGGUUGUGAGCUUCCCGAGGGAGUGCUGCAGCCAGGGCCCCGUGGAGAACCCUCCCCGCCUGGGUCCCAAGAAGCUGUCCCUGCCCUCAGAGGCGACAGGUUCUUCAGACGGCCUCUCCUGUGGGAGUCCCAGCAGCGGGGCCAGCAGCCCCUUCGCCCCCCAUCUUGAGAGUGAUUACUGCUCCCUCAUGAAGGAACCUGUGCCAGGGAAGCAGCAGGACGCUGGCUCGAACAGGUGCCUUGGACUGACUGGGGAGCCCCAGCCUCCAGCCCACCCCAGCGAGGCUGUACAGCCUGAACCCAUCUAUGCUGAGAGCACCAAGAGGAAGAAGGCGGUUCCAGCGCCUUCUAAGCCACAGGCCACAGCGGAACACGCAGCAGCAGCUGCUCGGGGCCAGGGCCAGGUACGGACAGCUAAUGCCUGGGCUCCGAAAGCGCCAUCUGGCUGGGGCCGGGACAGGGAAGGCCCAGAUAAGGUUCCCCAGGUGGCAGCCACCAUCACGGUCAUGGCAGCCCAUCCAGAAGAGGACCGCCGGACGAUCUACCUGAGCAGCCCCGACUCUGCAGUGGGGGUGCAGUGGCCACGCGGGCCCCUGAGCCAGGACUCAGAGGCAGGUGAAGAGGAGACUUCAGCUGGCCAGGGGCUGAGCUCCAGAGAAAGCCACCGCUCCGACACGAGUGAGAACACACCCAAGGGGAAGCCUGCCAUUCCCCCCAAGCUGUCCAAGAGUAGCCCCGGUGGGUCCCCAGUGUCGCCAUCUGCCUCCCCACUCUCUGACCUCAGCGAGGGGAGCGCUGGGGGUGGUCUUGGACCCCAGGCUUUAUCCGGGGGCCCCACUGACUCUGCGUCCUCCUGCCGGGCCAAUGGCGUCGCCACCAAUGACUCUGUCUGGUGCCACCCACCUGCCGCCACUGCCUCAGCCUUGGACCAGCGGCGGCCCCGGUACCAGACUGGGGCCUGGAGUCGUCAGUGCCGGAUAGAGGAAGAGGAGGAGGUGGAGCAGGAGUUGUUGAGUCAAAGCUGGGGACGAGAGAUGGAAAACGGCGCCACAGACCCCUCAAACUCCUCUGCCUGGCACCAUCUCCACCCCACAGACGGCUCCUUUGGGCAGAGCAGCAAAGUCGGGACCGGGAUGAGCAAAUCGGCCUCUUUUGCCUUUGAGUUCCCCAAGGACAGAAGUGGGAUUGAAGUGUUCUCACCUCCUCCACCGCCUCCAAAAUCGAGGCAUCUUUUAAAGAUGAACAAGAGUAGCUCUGAUUUGGAAAAAGUGAGCCAGGGCUCCGCAGAGAGCCUCAGCCCUCCCUGCAGAGGCGUCCACGUCGGCUUCACCACGGGUUCCACUGACAGCCUGGCCUCGGACUCCAGGACCUGCAGCGAUGGAGGCCCUUCCUCUGAGCCAGCGCACUCCCCCACCAGCAGCGGGAAGAAACUCUUUGCUCCUGUUCCAUUUCCUUCGGGCUCCACUGAGGAUGUGUCCCCCAGCGGCCCCCUGCAGCCCCCGCCUCUCCCCCAGAAGAAGUUAGUGAGCCGAGCGGCCUCUUCGCCUGAUGGCUUCUUCUGGACCCAAGGCUCCCCCAAGCCAAGAACAGCAAGUCCCAAGCUGAACCUCAGCCACUCGGAAACCAACGUCUGUGCCCACGAAGAGUCCCACUUCAGCUACUCCUCGAGCCCCGGGAGCCGCCACCAUCAUAUCUUCUCCUCUUCUGAGCCCCUGGAGAAAACUUUCAAAGGCAACGGCCACUGGGUGCCGGCACCAGGGCUGGCGGGCGGCCAGAGCGGCUUCGGGAGCCCCAGCCUCCAGUGCAAAGGGGUCCCCUCGGCCUCCCAGCUGAGCGUGUCCAGCCAGGCCUCCACCGGCAGCACCCAGCUGCAGCUCCACAGCCUCCUGGGCAGCAUCAGCAGCAAGGAGGGCACCUAUGCCAAGUUGGGGGGCCUCUAUGCCCAGUCCCUGGUGCGCCUCGCAGCCAAGUGUGAGGACCUCUUCAUGGGUGGCCAGAAAAAGGAGCUGCACUUCAACGAGAAUAACUGGUCACUCUUCAAACUGACCUGUAACAGGCCCUGUUGUGACUCGGGGGACGCCAUCUAUUAUUGCGCCACCUGCUCCGAGGACCCUGGCAGCACCUACGCGGUGAAAAUCUGCAAGACCCCUGAGCCCAAAGCAGCCCCUUACUGCAGCCCUUCCGUGCCCGUGCACUUCAACAUCCAGCAGGACUGCGGCCACUUUGUUGCCUCGGUGCCCUCCAGCAUGCUCACCUCUCCUGACGCACCCAAGGACCCUCUGCCUGCACCCCCGUCACACCCGCCUGCCCAGGAGCAGGACUGCGUGGUGGUCAUCACCCCCGAGGUGCCCCACCAGACGGCCUCUGACUUUGUGCGGGACUCCGCCUCCAGCCAUCAGUCCGAGCCUGAGGUUUACGAGCGGCGCGUGUGCUUCCUGCUCCUGCAGCUUUGCAACGGGCUGGAGCAUCUGAAGGAGCACGGCAUCAUCCACCGGGACCUGUGCCUGGAGAACCUGCUGCUGGUGCACUGCUCCCCCCAGGCCUCCCCCGGCGCCUCCCCCGCCGCCCCAUCCCCUUCCCCGGCUGGGGCUCCCGCAGCGUGCCCCUCUGCCUCUCUCGCGGCCGCCGCCCCCUCCCCUGCCUGCCAGGGGGUGCCCAGUGAGAAGUACCUGCCGCGGCUCAUCAUCAGCAACUUCCUGAAGGCCAAGCAGAAGCCAGGCGGCACCACCAACCUGCAGCAGAAGAAGAGCCAGGCCCGGCUGGCCCCCGAGAUCGUGUCUGCCUCGCAGUACCGCAAGUUCGAUGAGUUCCAGACGGGCAUCCUCAUUUAUGAGCUGCUCCACCAGCCCAACCCGUUCGAGGUGCGGGCGCGGCUGCGGGAACAGGACUACCGGCAGGAGGACCUGCCCCCGCUGCCCGCGCUGUCCCUCUACUCGCCCGGCCUGCAGCAGCUCGCACACCUGCUGCUGGAGGCCGACCCCAUCAAGCGCAUCCGCAUCGGCGAGGCCAAGCGGGUGCUGCAGUGCCUGCUGUGGGGGCCGCGGCGGGAGCUGGUGGAGCAGCCGGGCACGUCGGAGGAGGUGCUGUGCGGCACGCUGCACAACUGGAUCGACAUGAAGCGCGCCCUGAUGAUGAUGAAGUUUGCCGAGCGGGCGGCGGACCGCAGGCGCGGGGUGGAGCUGGAGGACUGGCUGUGCUGCCAGUAUCUGGCGGCGGCCGAGCCGGGGGCGCUCCUCCAGUCCCUGAAGCUCCUGCAGCUUCUGUGAGCGCGGCGCCCCAGCCCCGCCCUUCAGCCGCCAGCUCCCCUGCCCGCGCCUCCCACCCAUCCCCCCCACCCCUUGCACCCUGCCUGGCCUUGGGAACAUCUGUCUCCCCUGGGAAAUGGUACAAACGACUGUCAUACUUGGAUGUAAUAUAUACAUAAAAUAUCUAAAUAAGAAAGACUGUGGCUGUCAUUGCCCACUCCGUCCCCCCGCUCUCCGUCCUCCUCAAGUCCUCCAGGUUUCUUCCUGCAGUCAGUACACUCCUUGCCCCGCGCCCCGGCCUGGGGACAGUUCUGCGGAUGCAGUGAAGUCUGGACUCCGACUUCACUACGUCACCAUGGGAUCACUUUACCCCUUUGUCAAAUGGCUGUUAAAAAAAAAAAAAAAAUCCAGCAGACCUUCACUCACUAUUUUUUGGUUUUAAAGUUUAUUUAUUUUGAAAGAGAGAGUAUGAGCGGGGGAGGGGCAGAGAGGAAGAGAGAGAGAGAGAGACAGAGAGAGAGAGAGAGAAUCUCAAGCAGGCUCCACUCUGUGAACACAGAGCAGAUGUGGGGCUUGAACUCAGGAACUGUGAGACCAUGACCUGAGGGGAAACCAAGAGUUGAGGCUUUGCUGACCUAGCCACCCAGGUGCCCCCAACAGACCUUCAUUUAUUUAUUUAUUUAUUUAUUUUUAUUUUUUAACGUUUUAUUUAUUUUUGAGACAGAGACAGAGCAUGAAUGGGGGAGGGGCAGAGAGAGAGGGAGACACAGAAUCGGAAGCAGGCUCCAGGCUCUGAGCCAUCAGCCCAGAGCCCGACGCGGGACUCGAACUCCUGGACCGCGAGAUUGUGACCUGAGCUGAAGUCGGCCGCUUAACCGACUGAGCCACCCAGGCGCCCCCAGACCUUCAUUUAAAAAAAAAAAUGGGGGUUGAGCUCUUUUAUCCCCAAGUGUUCACAUGUGUUAAUAUGUUUGGUGGUUAAAUUGAAUAUAAGCCUCUGAGCAGUAGCUCCAAGACCACUUGAGGUAUCCUUGACCUGCUGGUGAGCUAGAGCAGCGGGCCACUAGGCCCCGGGGCCUGUGGGCAUCACUUAACCUCCCCACGCAACAGUGUCUUAGAAUCCAGACUCGACUCCGAGGCCAGCAGAGGUUCAGAAUUCAACCCCACUGCUCCAAAUCCAUUUCCAGGUGGCUAAAGCUGGCUGCCAUUAGUAUCCGUCAGAGGCCUGGCUGAAAUGGAAUCCACCCCAGAUGGUUCAGACGAAGAAACUGUAAGGGUCCCACUUAGGGGUGGAAAGGGUCAAGAGAAAACAGGAGGGACAAUGAGGCAAAAGCAGGAGCUGAGGUGCGUGAACUAACCAUCCACCUUCCAUUUCCCACCUGCCAUCCCCA